AUGAAAAAAUAUCAAUCAAACGACGCAGAUACUAUAUUUAGCUCUAUUGAGUUACGCAUUGCAACAAAGACAUCGCAGCCGUUCCAUGUUGCGCUGGCUAUCUUCGUAGUUGGCGUGUGGUUAAGUCGUCCUGGAACCAGCAGCAACUUGCGAGGUUGGAAGGCUCUCUAUGUUGGCGCUGUGGCCAUACAUUUAGGUGCCCAAAUCUGGAUGACUUUAGUCUCUGGAAUCGUGCUCUACUUCUCUCUCCCACGUCAUGAGUUUGGACGGGUUCAGACAAUUCUCUUCCCAAUCUACUACGCGUUCAACGCAGCGGUCAGUCUUUUGGCGAUACUUGCGUACUUCCGAACGCAAUGUCUCACACAGUUCGUCAACACAUCCUGGUUACAGCUAGCGUUACUGUUAGUUGUAUUCAGUAUAGAAGCCUACGUGCGAUUCCGUCUCGUCGCACCAAUGCUACGUGCCAAACACGUCAAGACUCAGAUGGAAGAAGCUGCUGGCGGUGGACAGGAGAUUGGCCGUCUUCUCCUUGGCGAGCUGGCCCACUGUCCACGCUACGUCCGAAUUCUGAAGACUUUCAGAGCCUAUCACUCCACCAUCGCUAUGGGUACCAUGAUUACUUUGGGUUGCUCCUUCUACUCAACAAUGAUCAUCGUUGACUCCAUGUGUCAUUAA